GAGAUGCAUUUGUAUCAUUCAUGACCAAUGUGAGAGUCAGGUCGAGCGCUCACCCAGCUCAGGCAUGGCUUUUCUGCCAACGCUCGUGUCUACCUGACGGUCGAAGUUUGGGUUCCUCGUGGAGAAGGAGGUUCAACACAAAUUCAGGGCCUGAAGUCACUGGCCAGACCCGUCACAAGGGUCUGCAGCAUCCCAAACAACCAACAGAGCCGAGCGAUGACGGCAAAUCCACGUUGAGAUCUCGCAAGUAUGGCAAUCGAGGCUUACCGCUACCGCCUUUCUUGGACCCGCUCCGAGUCGCAGCUCGAUCACGACGUACUGCGCCCAAGACCGAGCGCGCUGACAUCAAAGACGGAGAUCUGUCCGACUUUCAAAAGGAACUGGCCUUGAAUCCGUAUGCACAAGCUCUAGCCACAGACGUGCGAAUGGACAGUUUGUCCCAAGUACGAAUUCCGACGCACUUCCUGCUUCGCUUCGGACUGGCAUAUAAUAACACUGGCAGCGAUGGCGCUAUCACUGCCAGUAAGCCUGAUGCGAAGAGCACCGCCGCUCAGCUGGCAUUCAUUCCCACUCGACCUCCACAUAAAUCCGUCACGUCCUACACCCUGGCAAAUCAUUCCAUCAUACCGACUUUGAGCUUGCGUUCCGGUGUCAUGGUCAACUCGUCGCAUCGUUUGCGCUACUCUCGGAUGACCGGGCAACCAGCGCGGAAGCUGAAAGUCCAAUGGAAUCCGCAAUUGCCGGAUGAGAUCCUAACAGGUCUGAGAAACGUGGUCCUCGACGAAAUCCGCGCCUGUGUCGACCCGGAAGUAUCGAUACCAAGUCCACAGCAACAAAACGACUCAGCUGUCUCAAGCGGCGCGAACCUCUUCGUGAAGCUUCCCAAGAGUGCUGCUUUGUCGAGCAAGCCUUUCGCUUGCUUGAUGUUUAUGGACGAGGACGUCGCUGGCGGCUCAGAGUCUCCCCACGAGGCGCCAAAGUAUAACUUGCUGCAUUUGCUUGGGACGGAACUAGCUGCAGAAGUGCUUCAAACCAUUGGACUUAGCGAGGUGCGCGCAAUCGGUGUCGUCAAGCACGCUCGCGUGACCCCGCUACUGCUAGCAUUAGAUAGAUUACGGAUGUAUCUUCCAUGAUGCGAACAUUGUCAUCGGGAUAUACGAAGUAGCGAUAGAACAGGAGUUGUGCGGAGUCUAUCUCAAAAUGAUCCUGAUUGUACCUUGGUCUGGCAGGCGGUAGUAGAAUAAGGCUGGGCAGAUUCGCCGACAGCCCUGGAGCGAUGAGACGGCAGCGAUAAGGCUCGGAAAGCAGCCCUUGCACUCCAUCCGUGAUUUUGCAUGGGAGGCGAUAUCUCCGGCGCAUUUUCCACCGGCUUUUCAAGGACUUCUUCGAUUGAUCCUGGACCGAUCGCAUGUAGUCUGGAAUUUUCUCAAAAAUAACGUGUAGUCGGAGCGCCUUGCUUAUUGUAUAGAAUGUGGACAUCUUUGCCCGGCAAUUCGAAACAUGCUCCCUCAACAAUUGCUCAAAUGUCUC